AUGGGGCUGAAAAAAGAUUUCAUUCUACUAACCAAACCUUAUUAUUGGGUUAACAUACUUUUGAGUUUAUCAUAUUUAUUGGCGAAAAAAACUCCUGGCGUUUGUGCAUAUUUAUUCACUCCCAAGGAAUCGGAAUGUGAAUUGGAUAGUCGGGAGACAGAAAUUUUAUUUUUUUUGGCAAUCGUAGUAAUGAUCCGAACGAGAAAAGCAGGAAGUGUUACAAUGAUCAAUUAUUUGACAUCAUCAUUCAUUUAUACAAAAAUCGCGAAUCUUCUUUUGUGGGCAUAUGCUGACUAUUUGUACGGUGUGGUGUUUGGUGUGAUUUUUACCAUAACUGCGUUAGUUUUGCCGGAACCAACCUACUCGGGACCAGAAAAUGUCACCUAUUUUCGAAGUGAAUUUGCACUCGAUGAUGAGCUCGAAAAUGAUAGAAAAGUCGCUUGGAUUGUAGCAUUUUAUACGGUCUGGAAUCCAGCUUGUGUUAAUUUUGCGCCGAUUUUCUCCGAACUAUCUGCUGAAUAUUGUUUGGAAAAUUUGCGAUUUGGCAAAGUAGACGUUGGCCGAUUCCCUGGCACUGAGAAAAAGUACCAUGUGUCUGACAGCUCACUCAGUCGACAAUUGCCCACAAUUAUCCUAUUCAGAAACGGGAAAGAGGUUUUACGGAGACCUGGUGCAGACAGCAAAGGAAAACUGCAAACAUUUUUUUUCUCCAAAGACAAUAUUAAAGCCGCAUUCAACUUGAACACAUUAUACAAAGAGUGCAAGGAAAAUGGUGUCAGCAGCAGCGAAAGCAGCAAAGAUAAAUAAUUUCAAAGCGAAAAUGAAUAUUACCUAAUUUAUUUUAUUGUACUCCUAUCGUGUGUGUUAAUAGUUUAGUCAUUUGUUCUUCUCAUCGUAUCGCUUGAAAGAACCGCAAUUAUUCAGUCUAUGUCACUUUUAUGUAUUCUCAUGAGUUGAUGCAUAUGGAAAAUAAACAUACAUAAAUCAGAA